AUGCGCGAAAGGAUACUGACCAGAACGGACAAGCCGCUUCCGCACGACGACGCCGAUGAUGGUAACAAGUUGUGCAACCUCAUAUGGCUCAGCCAUAUAGAAAAUGAGAAGAAAAAGGAUUUGGGCAUCACGUGUUCCAGGCAGAAGUGUAAGAAGAGUGGAAAACACCAUGAUUACAGUUCCAGAUACGACAGUAGAAAUGAACACCGCUGCAAAUAUGGAGAUCCGAUGAGUCACAGGGGGGGCGAUGCUGACGAAUGUGAUGAGGCGGCCUCUUUCAUGCUCCACAAAUUAAAAGAAAAUAUCCGAAAGGGUUGCUCACUUACACAUGGAAGUGAAAAUGGAAAGCGAAGUUCCAGAAGGGAGGAUGCGCUGUUCCCUUCCCAUCUCGGUGUCGCAGACGAUGUGAACUUGCUCCUCCGGAAGAAGGUGAAAGGUGAUCAUCAGAAAUUUAUUCGCACCGUGAGAGAUCCUUCUCUGCGAAAAGGGAGCACGCGGAUCAAGGUGAAUGAAGCAACAAAGAGAAAUGAUAUUUCAGGGGGUAAAGGGGCCUGCUUGUUAAUCGGGAAAAGCAGGAAAGACAGACAUGGGGAUGGUGCUGUUCGAAGGGACCGACAUGGUUGUGGGCACCACCAAAAGACGAAUGAGUACGACGAAGAAUUGUAUAUGAAUUAUGGGGACAGCUGCGAUGGGGAAAUUCUCGAGGUGGACGGAGUAAACGCAGAAGAGGUAAAGGCGGAAGGCAUGGGUGAAUGGGGUGGCCAUUCCAAAAGGGGGGGAAAGCAUAGCAGCAGAAGGGGUGAUUCGAGCAAAGCACAUAAACCACGAAAAGUGGAAAAAAUGAGAAAAUCUCGGAGGGAAAAAAAUUGGAAAAAUUGCCUCAUCGGCUGCAGAAGUGGAAGUGUGAUGACGCAGUUCAGUUCACCCGAUCAUGACUGUUACCAAGCGGAGGAAGAAAAGAGGAAGGAAAAAAAAAAAAAAAAAAAAAAAAAAAAAAGCGACAUGAAAAGCACGGAGGAAAUGACAAAUUAUAUUUCUUCUCUCUUGUUCAAUCUGAGUGACAUGCGUAAAAAUAAUUUAAGCAAAGCAGAUGGCGUGAUGGUGAAAAAAUCUUGUAGUCAUUACUGCAGAGUUGAAAGGACACGGGAUGGUGCUGAUGUGGAAGGUCAAAGAAGGGGCGGCGACGAAUGCGGCGACGAAUGCGGUGGCGAAUGCGACGGUGCAUCCCCGCGGCAUGGGAAAAAUGGUAGCACAGCAGAUGGUGCCGCGGGACGAAGUGGCAAAUUUUCCAGAAAAUUCUGCGUCAAAAGGAGCGCUAAAAAUUGCGCCCAAAAUGAAGGCAAAAAUAUUUGCAAAAAAAUUAGCAAACAUAUGAACAAAUACAUUGCGGAAGACGAAGACGGGGACGAAGGCAAAGAGGAAAUCCUCGGCGAAACCCAGGGGGAAAGGCAAAAGAAAAAAAAAAAAAAAAACGUAAAAAAUACUAACAGAAAGAAGGACACGGCGGAAACGAAAAAUUAUGCACAGGGAAGAAGGGAGACGCUGCAUGAUGAUUCGCGUACCCCUGCGCCCGAGUGGCAUUUUGUGAGGAACGGGAGAGGCGAAGAAAUUUCCAGUGAAAGCGCAGGGCGAAACCAUAGGCGUAGGUAUAGAAGCGUUGAUAGCGGGAAUAGUAGCGGUUGCGAACGCGGCAGUCGCCGUCGCCGCAGCAGCAGCAUCUCAGUUAACCUGCCCGAAGGAGGCCCCCUCUUGGGCGGAAACGUUUUUUCAGCAGACGAAACUGAAGGAGAAGGGGCUGCCUCGGUUUCACCAAAACGAGACGCGCGUGUUGUGGCAAAAUUAGGGAGGGCUGAACCCCCAAGUGAUAGCCACAGCGUAAGCGAGGUUAGAAAGGCGGCCAGAUGCGACUCUGUCGAUAGGGACGCCCCCUUUAAAAACCACUCGAAGCAGAGCGAGUUUUUAUACGAACGAACAAUGAAAAGUAGCAACAGUUAUUCUCUGCGCGACGGGGAGGAUUUUGAGGAGGCGCAGCAGGAGAGGUACGGAGAGGAGGAAAGACACCCGCAGAGGGAAUUGGAACAAAGGGAAAAAAAAAAUAAAAAAAAAAAUUCGAAGGAAAUUGAUGUGGAUGGAACUUUACCGGAAAGAGGAAUCAUCGCACAAGUGGACCAACGGGGUCGUCACCCGAAUAGUACCUACGAAAAAGAAACUAAAGUAAGUACAUCUAAAUAUGCACACACAAUAGCUAGCCCACAGAAGAAAAAAAGAAACUCAAGUGAAAUUCAAGAUGAUGGAAGUGUGAACGAUGAGAAGAAAACGUCUGUGAAGGAUAACGUGUACGAAAAUUUCAUAAGGGAGUACCAAAAUUUGCAAUCCCUAUUUUCGUUUAACAAAGACAAGAUGGAAGAUGAUAACGAUAACGAUAACGAUAACGACAAUGACAACGGCGACGAAGAUGACGACGAUGAUGAUGAGGAGGAGGAGGACAAGAAAAAGAAGAAGAAGGGGGACGACUCUUAUGGAGAAUCACGCAGUAGAGUACUAGAUAGGGAUGGAAACGAGAGCUUAUGUGAAGAUGUCUUGUCUAAAAAUCACCGUAGCAGAAUGUUAGCAAAUGAUGGGUAUGCUAACUCGAAGGGAGAAAAAUCUCCCCGUGGUGCAGAGCGAGGGAAGCCUAGUGAACCGAACCAAAGCGACCAGGGGGUUGAUUCCUUGGAACAACUCUCAUACAACAUUGGCCAAUAUGAUAAUACCGAGUCGGUUGGCAAUAUUGAAGUUGGAGUGGUCGUCAGGGAUAACUCCCCUCCAAGUCGUGGCAAAGGGUUAUGUGGGAACGACGAUACGGAUAGCAGUGGGGUGGUUCCUAUUGGGGAUAACCAACAGGACAAGAGCCACUCUGAUGGAAAAGAAAACGAAAGCGGCACGAACGAAGGGGUAACGCAUGCACACGGGGUAGGGAAGGAGUCAGAAGAUAUGGACGCCUCCGAGGAGGGCACUGUAAAAAAGAACAGAACGGGAGGAAGCACCAGACAUGUGAGACGAGAAUCCAGUGGUGGAAAUGUGCACAGGAUAAAAGAAGCUGCAAAUUUGGAGAGUAGCACGAAGGUGAAGUCUCAAGAUGAGGAUACGCACAUGAACAGAGUGCGAAGUAAAAACUCCGAUUUGUUGAUAUGGAAUGAGCAGGUGCAACCCGGCGACAUGCUUCUUUUUCCAGACUCCCUACGAAAGGGCUCCCUCUCCAAAAACAAAACGGUACCAGACGAAAACAACUACUUUGAAUACGGAGCGAAGAACUCCAAGAAACUGCUCCACAAGAACAUGAGCAGCAUGUACAGCAUGAACGGAUCCAAUCUAAGUUUCCACCAAGAUUUUUUUAAAGACAUUUUAUUGUUAAAUGAUGAAAAAAAAAAAGAAAAAAAAAAAAAAAAAUCCAGCAAGCAACACAGUUUUGACAAUAUCCAGCAUCUACCCUAUUUCGAAGAAACGAAAAAAGGAAAACAGAACAAGGAAAAUAGGAAAGACAAAAAAAAAGGAAAUGACGAUGACGACAAACAUGGAGAGGAUGACGAAUACAAUGAUGAUGAGGAUGGCGACGUUGUUGAUGAUGUUGGUGAUGAUGACGAAGUGCAUAGGGAGGAAGCCGCAGGGGAAGACAUUUAUAAGGAAGAAAGUGAUGACUAUGGAAACUAUGAUGCGGAAGGCGUUGAAGGUCGUGGUGAUGAUAGCUAUGAUCAGGAGGAGCUUCACAAUGGAGACCACCUGGAGAGACCACAUGGACAGACGGAAAGCCAUAAAGAGAGGAAGAAGAAAAAGAAACUUCAAGGAGAACUAACCAAAAAAAGCAAAAGUGGAAAGAUGGAAAAAGUGAAGAUCGUCGAGGAGAAGAACAGAACCCACAAGCGUAGAAGUACAAAGGAGAAACGAAAGUGCAGUCGAACCCACAACAAUUCGAUUUGUUCUCUGGAGGACGACGACUUUAAUGAUGAUGCGAUAGAUUACCCUUACCAUGAAAAGAGGGUCCUUCUUGACGACGCAGUAAUUGGGGAUGACAACCUCGACAUCGACAUGUUGGAUGAUCUCCCUAAGGGCGGCAUCUUAGCUUAUCCAGACGAGGUGCCGAAUCAGGAAGAAGGGCCAAAUGUGGAAAAGGCAAAAAGGAAACGAAAGGGAAGUAGAAGAAAGAAGGAAGAUCUAAGGGAAGAAUAUAUGAAGGAGUUUUUCAGUUCAGUUUUGGAUAAUCAAAUUUAUAAAAAAAACCUGAACAGCAAAGACUUUUGUCGUAACUUUGCCUUAGAGGGAGAGGAAGACAUGGCAGAUGCGAUAGAGGGGGAGGAAGGAGAAAAAUAUAUGCUAAAGAACAUAUCGAAAGUUAUUAGAGCGGAAAAUAUAGACACGGAAAUUGAACUUUUGCGGAAUGAAAUUCUGCAAACGAAGAUGUCCAAGGAGAGUGUAUCCCAUGUAGAAAAAAAGAAAAGCGCACAUAAAAUUAGCAACCCUUUGGAGAUGACCCAUAGGAAGAAAAAGUCGAACGAUAAGGAGGAAGAAAAGAGAAACAGUUUUAAAUUGGAUUUCAAAACGGGCAAAGAUGGAACUCAUCACAAUGCAUUUACUUCUCACUACGCGAAAGACGAAGAUGAUUACUAUACCAUACACCAUGAAAAGAAAAAAAGAGAAUCUCACGUAAGGAUGAGAGAUAUCAACUUUGAAGAGGAUGAAAGAUUUAAAAAAUCUAAAGGCAGAAACAAAUUGGCGGGGAGAGACAGAGUCCACUCGUUUAAUGAAGAAGGACGUGGGAUACCACCAACGCAUGGAAACAACAACAGCGCAGGAGGAGGAGGAGGAUUGCACCUGAACAGAAGCCUCGAAUUUUUUUCUAGCAAUUUCUUAAGUUUGAAAAAAUUAAUCGAAAGGAAAAAUGUGGAUACAAAUUACGACGCCAAGAGGGAAGACGAUUAUGUAGAGAAGGGAGAGGAAGAAGUAGAUAUUGAUGUAAGAAGAAAAAAAAGAAAUUCCUACGAUGAUUAUGAACACCCACAAAUGAUGAACAAGAGCAGCCACAAAAUCAGUCGAGGACUCAGGUUCGAUAAUUUGUUUGGAAUUAAUAAACGGAACAGUGAAUCAUUAAACUUUUACCGAAGCUUCAUUAAGGAGGAUGGGAAAAGUGGAAAGGGUGACCACCACCGCAAGAAGGGGCGCGGAAGAAGAGAUAGCGAAGAACGCUUUGAUUCGGGGUUCGGUACGUGGUUUGGCACUGGAUUAGGCUCCGACUUGGUCGGGGAACGAAGAGGAGCGGCCCGACGCGCGCAGCGAAGUGAAGAUUACAUGGAGGAUGUGGAGGAAGUAGGUAGUGUGGCGAAUGGACAGGACACACAUAAUGUGGAUGAUGAAGGUGAUGAUAAUGAUAAGGAUGAUGAUAAUGAUAGGGGUGAUGAUAAUGAUAAGGGUGAUGAUCAUGAGGCCGCAUAUGGUGAGGACUACGCAGAUGAUCGAAUUAGAAGUAUCAGAAGACGGAAGGGAGAGAAGGUCUUCUCAACAGGAAGAGAAGAGGAUGUGGUGGCUGGCCGUGCAGGUAGUCGUUCAGAAAAGGGCACUUUACGUGAUAGAGCCAAAAGGGAUGCAGUACAUGGACAAAGCACUGAAGAUCUACACAGUGGAGAGAAACUAGCCGAUGGGGAGAAACUGCAAAACGAAGAGCAGUCAGUCAAUGUGGAAGAAUUGCACGGAUCGGGAAGGAAUCACAAAAACGUGAAGAACAUUCUGCUAUCCCUAGAGUUAAGUAACGAGGACAAAAUAUAUAAAGUCCGCAAAAUUCUCUAUUACUCCUGCAGUGAAGAGAAGAAACUCAUGAUCAAUGAAAUUUUAAAUACACUGUAUGUGUACCCCCAGCUGUACGUUGCUUGCAUUAUUUCUUUGUUCUAUUUGUUCAUUCUAGAUAACGAAUUGUUCGAAAGGAACUUCAAACCAGAUGACUUAGUCUAUUUGUUUAAUGAUAAAAUUGAUUUCAGAUAUGCGGAAUGGUUUUUGAAGACUUACAUUUUUUAUAAGUUUAAAUUUUCCAGUGGAACUCACUCCAGUGAGUACUACAAGAAUUGUGUGCGGAGUGCUGUUGGGAGUGAGGGCAAGCGGGCCAGUGUUGACGUCAAGGAGGGAGAAAAUUCUCUCGAGGGGGCCCAUGCGUUUAGCGGGGGAAACUCGCACAGAGAUAUGUCGGCAGACAGAGCGGUAGACAGAGCGGUAGACAGGACGGCAGACAAAACGGCAGACAAAACGGCAGACAAAACGACAGACAGAGUGGCAGACAGAGUGGCAGACAGAGUGGCAGACAAAACGGUAGAUAAGGUUGGCGAGAGGGAAGGUGAUGGAGUAACGGCCAGCACGGCAGAUGGUAUUUGUGACCGAGCUAGCGAUAGCGCGCGGGAGAGACACAUAAAGCACAAAAUGUUCGACAUCUUCUUUGAGGGGUACCACUCCAGCGUGGACUCUACAGACAACUACUUUUGCGAGAGGAAGAGACACAUGGCCAGGGGAGAAAGGGAUGCAAGAACCGGAAAUGACAGCAGUGAUCUGUGGAAAAGUAUAGAGAAGCUAAAAUGUGUUGGCUACAAGGAAUGUAAAACCUUACUAAAGUUAUGCUUAAAAAAUGAAAAAGAAAAAAAUAUUAAUCAUUUAAAAGCAAGUAAAAUACGUAGCUUAGUUAUUUCCAUCUGGUCCAAUAUCUACACCUCUCGUCCGAAGAAAUCUUUUCUGAAAAUUAUUUUUAACUGGCUCAAUAGCAGGAAAGACGACUUAAGCAGAAAGAAAAAUUUACUUUACUUGUUACAAGAAGAGAAAAAGAAAAAUAUCCAUUUGCAAAGAAUUUGCUUCACCUACUUUUUGAACCAUAUAAUUAAACAUAAGGAGGAGUGCUCAAAUGAUUUGAUUUACUCCUUGUAUUUAAUUGAAGAAGAUAAAUUAAAAAAAUAUUCGAAGGAAUAUUUUGAAAUGAACAGAAUUGAUGUUAACCAAUUUAUCUCCAUCUGGAAUGUCAUGUGUAUUCUUUUUUGGGACACGAAAAAGAUUAAUGAUUUUGCGUUUUUGCACAAGAGCAAAUUUUACUACUAUGAUUUUAUGCUUAUUUUUUUUAGGGCCUUUUAUGAGUACGUAUGUGUCAAUAAGGGCAUAGAGCGAGGCGCGCUUUACUUGAAGAGGGUUGUGCCGGGUGAUGGUGGAACAGGGACGGUAAUAAGCGGAGUCGUAACCGGAGGGGUAAACGGAGGGGUAAACGGAGCCGAAGGAACGGAUGGUGUGUCCCCACGCAGGAGCAUUUCUUUGUCCAACUGCUCCUCCAACAAGGACGACACGCAGGAGGACGAAGGAGACGGGUACCUCAACCUCUUCGAUGUGGAAAACAUAAUAAACAAUUUCAACUUCGACGAUUUUGUCAAUAGUGAGAUGCGCAGUAGCAGCUACUUCGAUGCCUUCCUGGGGGGUGGCCCCGCGGCCAGACGAUCAGGUGUAAGAGAGACCAGUUCCGUGGGGAAACAGAAGCUCAAUUCCAGCGCACUACAGAGCGCGCGAGACAGUGAAGCUGGUCAGACGGGGGAGCCUUACAGAGGAGUGGUUACCGGUUCGUCGCAUCGACCGUGUAGCACCGACGGUGUAGAAUCACCUACGUUGCAGACCGCACAUUACGGUACACAUUUUGCAGAACCCUUCCCCGCGGAUAAGGCGGCAGAACCCUCCACCCAGGGUGGAACGCAAUCCACCUUCUCGCCGAUUACUCAGAGAAGCGUAUUCCCAAGCGACAACAGCGAAAUGGAGAAUCUACUCCUCCUAGGCAUAUGCAUAAAAAUUGUCAUCUGUAGAAUUUCCAAUCUACUGAAUGCCAAAUCAUGUCUGGAGCAGUUUAAUUAUUUUCUAAAUAAUCAGAAGCUUGGAUUCAGAACUUUUAAAAAUGCACAUAUGGUGUUGGUUUAUUUUAUUCCCUUCUUUAAGAGAUACUAUUUUCUUUGGAAAUUUAUUGAACACGAAAUUGAUGUAGAGAUUAUGAGUCUCCUUCAGAAUAUACUUAAUGACUUGGAACAACUUCAGGCUUCUUCCUCCGUGGGUAGAAUGUAUCUCGGCGUCGGUGGUACGCAUCAGGUGUGCGGGGUGAGCAAUCCACUACAUGUACGUGAAAUGUCACAGAGUAGGAAUGUGUGUGAUAGGUUGCCUCAAGAGAACCUCCAAGAACGGUUUACGUCCCCAUUCGGAGAGAGACCCUUCGUGAGGAGCAGUACGUGCAACUCCCAAAACAGAGGUGCGUUUCCAACUGGAGGGGAAAAGAAGAUAAGCAGUUUGGAGCAUUUUUACGCGAACGGAAAAUUCAAUUUGUAUUCAAAUGAGAUACGGAGAAUGGGGAGAAGUGGGCCGAACGGGGAAGGGGCGGAAGAGGAUGAUGUCUAUUUUGCGAGCGGGAGGGGACCAUCACCUAUGGGUGCGAUGAACACAGUAUCAAUGAGCGUUGCCCCGUUGAAGGGGGCUCUUUGCCGAAGUGAAGAAGACACAGAUGAAAAUUGCAUUACCUACGAUGAUAUGUUCAGAAAUUACGACAGCGAAGACAAUUCGGAGGGGAGGGAUUGUCUGGAUGAGAGUUGCAAUGUGAAGGACUACAUAACAAGCCUGCACUUCAACAACCCACUUGAGGAGAAGAUACUUUCCAAGAGGAAAGGCGCCAAAUCUGUAGGUGGGGAGAAGAAAGGAAAGGUAAACAACGAUGGCGAGGAGGUUGCUAAGAACGGGGACAAUGUCGAGGAGAAAGAAAAUUCUUAUAUCAAGGAAGGAGGUACAAUUAUGGGAGAGGGAAACGGAUCGACGUGUCCACAUGAAUCGAAAGAGGAUAUAUUCGGAUCGAAGCCCACACGUGUAGGCAUUUUCCCGAUGGAGUCUUCCACUGUCAGGCAAAAUUCCUCCGGUCAGAACUAUCACAUGAACAGUAAAGAUUAUAAAAGUGGAGGGGCAAAGGACCUGCCGUAUGGGAAGAAGAGUAGCGGAGGAGGAGCCCCAGGGGGGGCAAAUUCAACAUCAAUGAUGAUGCCACCUGAUCCAUUCGCAAGUGAGAACAACGUGAUGAAGAAAUUUCCAUCACUGGGAUUACCUGAGUCUGACGAUGAGAAAGGAGAGAAUGGCGAAGUGAAUUUCAAGUCGGGCAAGGCACUACCAUUAAACACUGAAAACCGAAAGAAGGAAAAAAAAAAUGAUUCUCUUAAAAACAACACUACAGGAAAAGGGGAUGGAAGUAAUCUUAACAUAGUCGGCCAUCAGACAGAACAAAUUGGAAACCACACGAUCAAUGGACAGCUGAAUGAGUUCCCGUAUGAGACCCCAAUGCAAAAUACCACCCCUGGUGGUGCACUCAAUAAAAAUAUUUGCAUAAAAAAAAAUGCACUUAAUGAUAAUUAUCAGGAAGUGGAUUUCACGACGAGCAGUCUGAGAACAAAGAACAGACCUGGAGAAGGGAAUAAAACGAAAAAAGGAGGAGUUGCUCCAAAGUAUCUAAUGCUAAAGGUAGACACUUGUGAGUUGAAGAGAAUGACAAGGAGUAAGCUGAAGCAUCCACCGGUUGGUUUAGUAAAUUUAGGUAACACUUGCUACCUGAAUAGCCUUCUGCAAGCCUUAUACAGCACCGUAUCCUUCGUGGUGAAUUUAUAUCUGUUUAAUAUUCGACAGAAUGUGAAGGAGGGAGGGGAAGAGAGUUCGAAUCCAUUUGUAGAGAAGCAGAAGCAUACCCUUGGACCCAAUGGAACGAACACACUCAAAGGACCAGUGCACAGACUUAGCAAUGUGGACGGAUUAAAUAAUAUAAUGAAUUCUAUAGGAAAAAUGAAUACGCUUACCAGACUGAAUACACUGAACGGGAUACCCCCCAUGAACCAUAUAGGCACGGUAGAGUCGGAGAGAUUCCUACAGGAGUUAAAAAAUCUCUACAUUAUAAUGACGACCACGAACAAAAUGUAUGUUUCUCCUGAUAGCAUUUUGGGUCUCCUCCCAUAUGAACUGAACAAUCGAAACCAACAAGACGUUACGGAACUGUUGCGAUAUAUUUUUGAUAAAUUGGGAGGGUCGAGUAGAGAAUUCCUUCGACUAAUAUUCUCAGGCGUGCUUGUGCAAAAAGUGCAGUGUCAGAAAUGUUUCUUUGUCUCUAAAAAAGAGGAAGUAAUUCACGACUUGUCCUUCCCUAUUCCUGUAAGGGCAUCAGAGAAACUGUCCAUUCAGAAGUAUUUUGAUUCGUUUGUGCAGAAGGAGAAAAUCCAUGGCUCCAACAAGUAUCGGUGUUCCAAGUGCAACAAGAGGAGGAACGCCCUUAAGUGGAACGAAAUAAUUUCUCCUCCUUGCCACCUCAUCUUGAUUCUAAACAGGUACAACUGGUCCUUCAGCUCCAACGAAAAGAAGAAAGUUAAGACACACGUGAAAAUCAACUCAAAAAUUGUGGUGAACAGUUUUGACUAUAAGCUGUAUGGAGCCAUUAUCCACGGAGGCUCGUCUGCUUCAUCUGGCCACUACUAUUUCAUUGGAAAAAAAUCGGAACGGGAUCAGGAGGACGAAACGAAUGACUGGUAUCAGAUGAACGACUCAGUAAUCACCAAGGUGAGCUCCAAGUUGAUAAACAAGAUUUCCAAGGACCCCUCCAACGACCACACGCCAUACGUUUUGUUUUACCGCUGCAAGCAGGCGCCCCCCUCACCUGCUCUCCACUUCUAA